AUAUUAAAACGCAAGAUGGAGGAAACAGCCACGGCCGAUCACCAACUCUGGGUUAGUCUGAAUGCUCUUGGAGAAGGUAAUGUAUUCGAAGCGUUGCCUGACAUCAUGAAGAACAUGAUGGCCGAAUGUGAGUUGAACGAUGUUGACGGGGAGUUUUUCGAUGUUGUUUUGCCCAGUGACGAUGAGUGGAAAACGAAAAUUUAUUACAAACUUGUCGAGAAACAAAGACUAAUGGAUAACUGUGAUGAGAAAAUGUUUGAACGCUUGGAAGACACAAAAAUCAUCAAAAUGCACGACUGGAACAUCAAGCCAAAGACCAUAGCACCGUGCGAACCACGAGAAUUGCUACUGAGGAAAAAAAAGAAACCUAUAAAAGUGAAAACGAUAACUUGGACCGUGAGUGAUAUAGCAAAAGCUGGUUGUCUGCUACAAACUCCACCUAUUGGAACACAGUUCGAGGACGAGCAAGAAAUGAGACGUGUUUACACAUUGAUAUACGAUGUUUUCAGAUAUAAGAGAGUUUUAGGUGAAGCCUUAGACAAUGUCACUUUCUUUUCCAUUUUUCCGAUGCUCGAAGAAAUCCAAUCAUUGGUGUGGUUAUUGUUGUACGACCUGUAUCACAGACAGUUCAAAAAGAGGGAGACGAAAGUCCAGGCAAUCGCAAGUAAACUAUUCGAGUCCGCAGGCUUGAGCUUUGUCGAAAAUGCCCUUUGGACUCAAAGAGUGAAGCUGGCUGCUUCAAUUGCGCGCCUUAGAAUUAAAAAUAACGCCUUAACUCUGAGUGAAUUACUGCCUCACCAUUUGAGAGAUGAAAGACUUAUCGAUAAUGAAACUACUAAGCCUGUUACUUGUUGGGUUAACACCAACAGAGUACAAAACAGGCAAGAUUUGUGCGAGAAACUGGAAAGGGAGUUCCAGCUGAGGUUAAUAGAUAUAAAUUUGCCUUCAAGUCUGAUUACUGUAAACGGUUUCAAGUUCGAUAAUCACUGCCCACAAAUUAUUGAGUUCCACACAUCGAUGCGUACUAAAUUGUCCAGAAGUGACCUAGUCAAAAAUCACGAAUUGAUUCUUCAAGACAAGUCGUUUUGUCUGGGACCAGCUACUUUCGAUAAAUUGCUAUCGGAAUUGGAACUUGCUGGAACAGUAAUACAAACUCACGUCAAUUCGCCGAGGAGUACUGCUUAUUUAGCUGUUCUGUUGUCGCAAAAUGAAAAAGUUAAAAAAUUGUUGGCUUUUAGCGCUGGUCAAAGAAAAAUUGAGUACGAUAAUUAUUUCAAACAAUUGGGGAUGAAUAACGUGCUAAUAUUUUCGGAGAGAUUAAUUGACACACGAGCAGACGCUCAAUACAUGGAGGAAGUGGUGGCAGUCUUUGCUACUCCACCCAACAGCUACUCAGCUGUAGCAGAUCCAAUAGAUUUGGUUUGCAGUCGAGGUGGGGACUUAACCAUGUUACAAGUUCUGACGGAAUCCAAAGACAGUAAAGAAGGGAAAGAAAGGGUUGCCCAAAUUUUGGACGAACAACGAAAGACACUUAGGUUUGCGAUGUCAAGACCCCAAAUUCAGUUCGUGUUGUACGAAACUCAUUCGGAACUAGAUGCUGAAAAUAAAGGGAUGGUAGACAGAGCACUGAGGGACAUAAACAAAAUAUCAAAAAUUCACCACGCAACUAUGCAAGGAAAAUUAUUUAUACCGAAUUUGGUAGAAGGAAAUGAAAUUAAUAACAAUGAAAAAGGUCAGGACGACGCAAUACCUUUGAUAAAAAAAUCGUCGGACUUGUUGAAAGCUGAAAUUGGCGAUCAAACUAUUUUAGAUACUGUUAAUGUUCCAGAUACGGAUAUAUUUGAUGUACCCGAAUUACCCAACUUGUGUCCAAGUCAAACAAAAUGUGCCAAUUCACCUGCUUGUGGAUGUUUCCUGUCUUAUAUAAAACGAAAAGAAAUUAUUAGAUUAGAUGACAAGUAUAUGAUUCAAAUGGCAGAAAACCGAGGACUAUUUGGCAGCAACACGUCGCCAGCCAAGGCAAAAUCUAGUAAAAAGAAGGAGGUGGUGGAGGAACGUAAACCUAAAGUACACAGACGUCGUCUGAAAAGCAGAGAGAUCGACCGAAUCGCCGCGCCCACAAACGCCUUCUUAAAUCACAUAUGUGGCCCGUGCCAAAUAAAUUGCUGCGAACGUUGCUACAAACAAAGAUGUGAUCCCAAAUCUGCCGACACGAAAUUCCGAAAAUGGUGGGAAGAAAGCGCCCGACACAUCAACGAAGCGAAGUCCGUGUUGGUGCAAAAGAAAUUGCUGCCACCUAGUCAACCCGUAGACGAAUUCCUGGCAAAAACAAAUGGUGUGCAUAAAAUUCCAAUGUUUCCCAAACUGAAGCUGCACCGAAAAACGUCGAUGCACAAAACUGAAGUCCCUUUAGCCAUAUCGAAUCUCAAUUAAUGAAAAUUGAUAAUUAUGUUUGUUCUGGUACUGGUCAAUAAUGAAAUUGUACAUAAAUGAUAUUAUUUUAA